UGCAGCACCGCUGGUCCCAUCUUGAUUUGAGAGAGUGAAGAGGGAGCAAAGCGAACCGUCCAUAUUACAGCUGCCUCGUCAGCACUUUAUACGGUGAUGGACCCUCCUGGUGGGGGAGAUGAACGGCGGAGGCAGGCAGAGCGUCUUCGAAGGGAGGAGGCGUACUAUCACUUCAUUAAUGAACUGAGUGAAGAAGAGUACCGUCUAAUGAGAGAUGGCAACCUGCUGGGCACUCCUGGGGAGGUGACGGCUGAAGAGCUCCGCCAGCGUCUGGAUGGAGCAAAAGAGCGUUUGUCAUCUCAGCCUUCCUCCGAGCAGCACUCGCAGACUUCUGAGUCUGGAGAGCAGCAGAGCAGCAGCGGUGAGGGAGAAGAGAGAGGUGCUGGAGGGAGACGAGGAGCAGGGGGCACAGAACCCGGAGCAGAAACUUCUAAUGGUGACUCAUUACUGGAGUGGCUGAAUACUUUCAGACGCACUGGUAAUGCUACUCGCAGCGGCCAGAGUGGCAAUCAGACAUGGCGUGCUGUCAGCCGGACCAACCCGAACAGUGGAGAAUUCCGCUUUAGCCUGGAGAUCAACAUCAACCAUGACCAGCCAGAGCCAGGGGAGCAUAAUGAGACUGUGGAUGCCUCAGACCCACCAGUGACUGCCCCAAAUACAUCACCCUCAAUACGAACUGCUUCCUCCUUUUCAACCUCUCGCCCUUCAACCACGCCAAGGCCUGCCCCGUACCCUACCCCCCGCCCAGCCAUCAGUAGGCGGGUGCAGACACGGCGUACACGCAGCAGCACUACCACACUUUCUAUGAGCCCCCCUGCACUUCCUCCACCAGUAGCGUCCUCAGCUGCUACUCAAAGGAGAGGUGGCACUUUGCACUCUUUAACACCUCCUCCCAACGUUCCAAACCCUCCUCCUGAUCAAACUAUACCUGUACAACAGCAAGCCUUGAAUGUAGAAGGCGAGCAGGGGCGUAAUGAUGCGCCUGCUUCUAUAGACUGCCCCCGGGUGUCAUCCCAGUCUGCGACACAGGCUCCAGCAGCGGGACACGAAUCCCGUGGCAGUAGGACUCGAUCGCAUGGUCGCACACGCAGAGCUGCGUAUGGAAGUGGGCUUUCAUCGCGCGUGUCAAGGCGAAGUCGUUCCCCUUUACACAGAGUUAGUGCUGCUAGUACCACUCUGCCAUCCAGUAGUGAUUCCAGCAGCUCAUCCAUUAAUACUGUUGAAUCAGGCAGUGGCACAGCCUCUGUGUCAAUGGAGACUGGAGAGGCUGUGUCAGAACCCGUUGUUCCAACGGAGCCAGCUGUAGAGAUGGUUGAACGUGAAAGUGAAUCACAAGUAAUAGGAGCAGGAAGUUCAGCAGUGCGAAGACAUCCAACCAUCAUGUUGGACCUGCAGGUGAGAAGGAUUCGACCUGGUGAAAACCGCGAUAGAGACAGCAUCGCCAGCAGAACACGAUCUCGUGCUCGCGUUGCUGAAAAUACAGUGACAUUUGAAAGCGACAGUGGUGGAUUUCGACGCACCAUUUCUCGCUCUGAGCGAGCUGGGAUUCGCACCUACGUCAGCACUAUUCGGAUUCCUCUGAGGCGUAUCAGUGAGACAGGCCUGGGUGAACCCAACUCCACUGCCCUGCGUUCAAUCUUGCGCCAGAUCAUGACUGGAUUUGGAGAGCUUAGCUCCCUAAUGGAGACAGAGGCUGAUUCCGAAACUGUUGCACCUAACCAUUCAGAUCCUAAUGGUACAAACGGUAACAACAGCCCAGGCAGUCGCCUGAAUACAAAUGAGAGUGUACCUGGCCAGGUUAGUACAGGUGGGGUAGUUCACGAGAGGGUGGGGCUGGUGGGAAGUGAUGAGGACCAGAAUGGGCAGGCUAGGCUCGGAGGAGUAGUGAGCACCACAGACGGACGGCCUACCAGCAGAGACACCAACAACCUAGUAGAGAACGGUACUCUACCCAUCUUGCGGCUGGCACAUUUCUUCCUGCUCAAUGACGAAGAGGAUGAUGAACAUCCGAGGGGCCUGACCAAAGAGCAGAUUGACAAUCUAUCAACGCGUACGUAUGGUCAGGCCAGCCUGGAGGGGGAGAUUGGUCGAGCCUGCAGCGUCUGCAUAAACGAGUAUGUCCAAGGCAACAAGCUGCGCCGCCUGCCCUGCUCUCACGAAUUCCAUGUCCACUGCAUCGACCGCUGGCUCUCUGAAAAUAACACCUGCCCCAUCUGCAGGCAGCCUAUACUUUCAGUGCAUCAUGACUGAUCUAUUAUCUCACAAACACAACUAUCCCGUUCCUGGCUCCCUGAACUGAGCAGAUCCAAGUGGGCUUUGCAUGUACAUAGCGCUUUCAUGGUUUAAUUUCUUUGAUUGCUCAUUGUGUUGAAGAAGGUUGAACCAAAAGUGUGGAAUAAGAAACUAUAAAUGCAGAGAAUAAACAAAACUUUAUUUUUUUAGACCUUUGGUUUUCAACAACUCAUUAUUUUAUUUUCUUCUUCCUGUGACCUAGUUCGCUUGACUCUGCGAUGACGCUUCAGAAACUUGUCUAUAGAAGGCAUUGAUGCUUAUUAAGGAGCUCCUGUAGCUGCUGCUGAAUAGUCUCACUUUAAAUCUUUAAUGUCUGACACGCGGCAACGUCUCUGUCACGGCUGGACUAUACAAAUCACUUCUAGGCUUGAUUUCUCUUCCAAUAUAGGAUGUAAAUAACUCACCACUGCUUAUAUUUAAGGGUUUUGAAGAAAGCUGCUCUUCACAUGCGAUUUAUUCAGAAUGGAAGCAGGAAGCUUAGCUUAUUUUAGCUUCAUUUUUCAACAUCCAUUUAAAAGUGUCCCAUUACAAUUGGUUAAGAAUUGUUUGAUUUGUCGGGUAUAAAUGAGGAAUGUCUUUAAUUUUGAAACUAUACUCUGUCCAUCUAGUAGUAUUUGUUUAAGCCCUUAAGUCCCAUAUAGUCACAACAUAGAAGUCAUCCAUUAAAGUAACCUGCUAAAAACAGCCACUUUGUUAUCAUUAACAUUAGCCAUAUGAGCAGCACAGUUUCAAUGAAAUGCAACAUGUGAUAAUCAGGAAUUCAGACUUGUCAGUAUGAGUUGUGCAAUGCAGAGGGGAAAAAAACAGUAUUGUUUGUUUUGCUGUUCAUUGUUGUUUACAUUGUAACGCCUGAAUAUCAUCUCCACUUAAAGUCUUGUUAAGAAAUUGAUGUUUGUUGGUUCCUGUUUUUAGGUCCACACCUGACAGGACCUUUGUCACCAGGUUGCGUAGUUAGCCUCUCACAUGGAAUUAAAAACAAAAAGAAAGAAAUUGAUUUUCAGUUUUUGCGGUUCUCUGGCUAACUCAUAAGUCUUUAUUCGUGAGACUGGUGCAGGAAAAAUGUUUUUUCGAUAAUGAACUUGUCCAGAAAUGUUCUGCUAAUGAGAACCUGUUUACUCAUUUUUUGCCCCCCUGAUUGGGUCUGUGCAAUGAUAGCUAUCUGUUAAAGUUUCAUUGCAAGUGCACACGUGUGAAUAAGGCCGUGCUAGUAAUAUAUUUCUCUUUGCUCUUUGUUUGUUUUUACAUAACAUGGACAAAUGUUGCAUUUCUAGUGUAAAACAGGUGGGAUAUUUAGCUGAGCCACCCAGUCAGCAUUUUCCCCACCAGUGUCACUUUGUACAUCGGUGAUUGCACAAGAGCUACUCUGCCUGUGCAGUUAACACAUCACUAACAAAGCUGCAGGAUUUGUGCAGUUUAGUCUGUAAGAAUGUCUGAGCGUGUGGUAAGUAUGUGUGUGUGUGUUUGGUAUAAUUAUGUGUGUGUGAGGGGGGGAAAAGGUCCGGUGUACCAAUCAAACCUGGUUCUCAGAAGGCUUCUCUCUGGUGCAUGUUCACCUUAGAGAAAAUUGUGGGCAGUUCAGGAGUAACUAUUUAUUCUGUUUGUAUUUAAUAAGAUGGAAAUCAACCUCUGAAAUAUGAAAUGUUACAAUGUGAUGAGAGUAAAUGAAACGGCUAUGAUGAACAUGUUACUAUGUAAUAAAAUGAAGACGGUUUUCUUCUCUGCUCCUUAACAGUGUAAUAAAAUGCCGCUUUGUUAUGCUGGAAUUUCUACUGUAUGGAUGUAUAUGGUUGAAACUGUCUGCGCAGUGAUUCAGGCCAGGGCGUCAUCCCAUGCCGCUCUUUAGAGGAUAUAAUAGAUUAAUCAUCACACUUUAAAUCAAACAACCACCAAAAGAAUUCACUUUAAUUUUAUUAUUGUGAUCUUACAAGUGUAAUGAGGAGAGUAACUUUACAAAAUAAAAACAUACAAAAAGAA